AUAUUUUCCUUUAUUUGUUUGAUGAUUUUUAAUGACAAAUUUCUCCCUCGUACGGCUACAAUAGAGUGAUACUAUAACUUCACAACAACCCUCUGAGCAAAAAUCAAUAUUGUUUUUAGUUUCUGUCUGUUUAACAACUGAGAUAAUAUCAGAGAAAGACUUAUUAUUAUCAUAUCAUGGUACUUCCUACCAAGAAGUUCAGAGGAGUCAGGCAACGCCAGUGGGGCUCUUGGGUUUCUGAAAUUCGCCACCCUUUAUUGAAGAAAAGGGUGUGGUUAGGAACAUUUGAGACGGCAGAAGAAGCAGCAAGAGCAUAUGAUCAAGCAGCCAUAUUAAUGAAUGGCCAAAAUGCAAAGACCAAUUUCCCAAGAGAAAACAACAACACUAAUUCAACAACUAAUAACAUGAUUAAGGCCACUAAUUCAUCAUUAUCAGAUAUACUUAGUGCUAAACUUAAGAAAUACUGCAAAGAUCCUUCUCCUUCCCUUACUUGUCUUCGAUUAGACACUGAUAAUUCUCACAUUGGUGUAUGGCAAAAAAGACCCGGAACUUGCUCUACUUCUAGUUGGGUUAUGAGGGUCGAGCUUGGAAAAUCGAAAGAUAAAAUCAUUAAUCAAUCGAAUGUUUUAGUUGAAUAUGACCAUGAUUAUGUAGAUAAUUCUCCGUUAUCAUUAUCUUCUUCAUCAAACUCGGUUGUGGAAGACGGAGGUCGAGAAAUGAAUGAAGAAGAUAAAGCUGCAUUGCAAAUGAUAGAAGAGCUUCUUAAUUGGAAUCCUCCCUCUACACCAAUUACUUGAAAUUAAAAACCUCAUUUGUUGCGGUUUUUGGGGUCUUAUAUGCUACGAUUUAGACCUUAAACAAUUGUAAUAUUAGCAUAUUAGUAUAUUUGAUGCUCCGUUCUAUAACAGUUGCAAGUGAUAUGAACAUAUUAUGUUGAAAAGUGUUAGUUUCAGUUAUAAGUAUUAUGAAACAAAAGAGUAUAAAGCUUAUACUUAAUAGGGUAGUUUUAAGUGUUUAACCUAAUCAAGUCUAUAUAUAUUUAUAG